AUGCUUGAGGGCCUCACUGCAGCUGCAGCUGCAGAGUUUGGCGUUCAUGUGGGACGCCAGCCUGCAGGAGCAGCAGCAGCAGCUGCUGCAGGAGCAGCAGCAGCUGCAGGUCUUGGUGCUGCAGGAGGCUGUGUCAAUGCCUGUGCAUCGGCAGCAGCGCCAACUGCUGACGCAGCUAAUAGAAGAGAAGAGCAGACAGAAGAGUUAGGUAACCUGUUAGGUUUGGGGCUCUACGGCAGCAGCAGCUUGAGUCGCUGCAUGCAGGAGGCACCUCCUGCAGCCGCUGCAGCCACUUCUGCUGCUGCCGCUGCUGCUGCUGCCGGCCCCACCCUCAGGACUGGCGAUGCAUGCAAGCAGUUCAUUGCUGCAGUUCUAGGCUCCCCAAAAGCCCUCGACAUGCCCCUCCUUGCUGCUAUAAACGAGGGGGCGGCCCGCCGCCGCACCCGGGCCAUUGCCUUGGGGCUGCUGCUGGCGAAGUACACAGAGCUCUACAGCAAAGCUGCUGCAGAAUGCACACAGCCCCCUCCACACUCGCCUCAGGAGCUCAAACUCAUAUUCGACCUAUAA